CGGUGUUCCUCUUUCUGUGGUAAGUUGUAGUCCUCUUUGUUUCUUCACUUCUGGAAAACAGCAAGCACUGCUGUCCACCAUGAUGUACAGCUGACAAUUAAUAGGUUACACAGUAGAGUUGCAAAGAUGUCAUGUGUUGAACUGUGCUAACAAAAGUUCUGAUGAAUAUUAGCCCCUUUCUCUUGCACAGUGCCACCUCCCAGUUUAUUUUGGGUUUAAAUAUUAAUAGGAGGAGGCUCUUGGGGUAGAUAUUGCAGCCACAGAGGUGAAGGGUAGAAAGAAACCGACAAUGACGGAUGUGGGGGAAAUCAUCAAGGCGCUCAAUGAUUUUGGGCGAUUCCAGGCCUUGUUGGUGGUGCUGAUGACCCUGAGUGCACCCAGUGUCGGUUUUCAUAUGUUCAGCCAGUUGUUCAUGGUCCUAGAAGAACUCCAUCAUUGCAACACAAGCUGGUUUGAUACCAUUGGCCUGAACUUGACCAAAGAGGAAAAGCUAAAUUUCACCCUUCCCAAAAAACCUGAUGGGACUUUCGAAGAAUGUUUCAUGUACACUCCAGUGGAGGACCAGAGCCUUGAGGCCAUUGAGAGAUACGGACUUAAUUCUUCUGUGAGCUGCCAAGAAGGGUGGGUGUAUCCGUCAAAGCGAGAGCCAUCCUUGGUCACACAGUUUGACCUGGUCUGCGACCGGAAAGAUCUAAUUGACAUCUCCCAGUCCAUUUUCAUGCUGGGCCUUCUCGCUGGAGCGCUGGUCUCUGGAAUGUUAAGUGACCGGUAUGGCCGUCGACCGUUGUCUCUGUUGUCCCUGCUCAUUGUCGGCAUGUUUGGGGUUGCCACGGCCUUUGCUCCAAAUUUCUAUGUGUACAGCAUGCUCCGAUUUCUCGUGGGCGUUUCUAUUUCUGGAGCCUCCAUCAGCAUUUUAGCUCUAGGUAUCGAAUGGGUCGGGGUCAACUACCGGCCACACACCAUUGUUAUCGCCCAUCUGGGCUUUGCCACAGGCCAGAUGGUUCUGGGGGGCUUGGCUUACGCCUUCCGCGACUGGAGGCUGCUGCAGAUUGUUGGCUCUGUCCCGGUCUUGGCUCUCUUUUUUUACAUAUGGGUCCUUCCUGAAUCUCCUCGGUGGCUCGUGACUAAAGGGAAAGUCAAGGAAGCGAAGGAGCUUCUCCAGAAGGCAGCUGCUAUGAACAAACGAACUAUCCCACCUAACCUGUUAGAUCAGCUGAACCCUGAGAAAAAGGCCAAGUCUGGAAGUAUUUUAGAUCUCUUCAGAAAGCCUCAGUUAAUGAAAGUGACACUCGUGAUGUCGUCAGUUUGGUUUGUCAAUAGUUUGGCGUAUUAUGGAUUAAGCCUGAAUGUGGGCAGGUUUGGUGUGAAUAUCUACCUGACGCAAGUCAUCUUUGGGGCUGUUGAAAUUCCGGCUCGUGUCAUCUGUCUUUUCCUGAUGCAGUGGAUAGGGAGAAAGAAAUGCCAAGCGUGCUGUUUGCUUCUGGGCGGAGCAGUUUGCCUGCUCAUCACAGUCAUUCCAAAAAAUUUGCCUGUGGUGGUAACAGUGUUGGCCGUCAUUGGGAAAUUCACUAUUGCGGGUUCCUUCUCCACUUCCUAUGUAUAUACUACGGAGCUGUUCCCAACUGUUGUCCGGCAGACUGGAAAUGGGGUAUGCCAGAUGAUAGCCAGGGUGGCUGGCAUCAUCUCGCCCCUGGUUGGCGUCUUGGAGAAGUUCCAUGAGUCUAUCCCUGUGGUGAUAUUUGGAAGCACUGCUAUGGCUGGUGGGAUCCUUUGCUUCCUCCUUCCGGAGACGUGCGGCAGGGAACUUCUGGAUUACGUGGAUGAAGUUGGGGGAGAGAACAGAACCAGUAAGACAGUCAGCAAGAGCUUGGAAAAUGGGCACUUCAAACCAACUGAAGAGAAUGACCAAGGUGAAAAGACAACCGUGACGCGACUGUAGGCAGAAAUUCCUCCAACACACCAUGAAAGGCGACAGCAGACGAACCGGUGGGACAUCUCACUAUGAGCAAGGCAGAUAAAAAUCAGUGACAUAAAACUCUUUUAAUUGACUUUUUCUAUCUAUAUUUGACCUUUUGUGUUAGGCCCGGCUUUAAAAAUCUGGAUAUAGAUUUCCUGGAUGCAAGGAAACACAUUAGAAUCUACUCUCAUGUUUUCAGCAAUGUUUAUAGGACUGCAUUAGAUCUGGUUGUUCUUUGUAAGGAAUGCUCACACCCACACGGCUGUUAGCCUGCAGUGCUGUCCACCUGUGUGGGAGCAACCUGGUAGGCCUGACUUCCAGGAAGACAGGUUUUGGCGAGGAACUGCCUCUUGGCCAAUGUUCGCAUGGGCGGGCCCCAGUUCUCCGGAGUUUCGGUCGGGACUUCUUCCCUGGAGAUGGAAAAUUCUGCCUGCAGCUGCUGCGCGCUGUUAUUGAGAGGGGCUAAACUGAAUGAGGUCCCAGCCAAUCGGGCAAUUAGCACUUGUAUGACUGACUUCUAAAAAGUCAUUUGCAGGAGCAGGGACACCGUCAGAAUUGGGAUGUUGGUUGGAGGUAAGUAGAAGGGGCUUACAUCCUUUGUCCCCCCCGCCCCCCCCCCACUUGCUGUAGUCCUGACUUGGAGCGUCCCCCAUGCCUAUGGUGUACUUUUACAAAGCAGCUUGGCCCGGAACUACACUCUCCUUCUGAGUAGCACAUAAGGUUCCAGUCUGAGACUGGGUUCAGGCAAUAGGAUAACCCGCAGCUGAGUGUGCUAACCCAGGAUUGAGUGUGUGUUCUUGCUGCGACUUGCAUUCACGUGUGGUCUGAACCCAGCUGGGAUAAUCAACUGUAGUGAACAACCCACAGAUUCACAACCCAAGAACAAGCCCUGCAUUGGUUCAUGGUUCUUCAUAGGUUGCUUGUGGUUUCAGACAAGAUGAUAACUCAGAGUUCAACAACAACCCACACUCUACCCGUACUCAGCCGUUAUGAUGCUGUCUGAACCUGCACCCGUCCAUGGUACAAUAUUAUUCAAUCUUCUCUCCCUUUCUUAGUUGUGCAGAAGACGUUGGAGAAUAUUGUUAAAAAAUAAAUCACUUCUUAUGUU